UGCUGAUUGGACAGAAUAAGGGAUUUUCCAGUUUCGUUAACUUGUCGCCCACUGCUGAGCAUGCCUUUCUGUUUACAUCACUCUCUCUUGACUCACGGUCAGCACACAGACUCGGGUCGGUGUUGUGAAAUCCACUCAGUUGCAGAGAGUCGAGUUUCCUGGAUACAGGGAGAGCUUGGGGCGAGCUCGGAGUCUUCCUGCGAGAGGACCUUCGGUGCAGCCCUGAGAUGCCAGCCUAGAUUAUGACCACGAGUAAGAAUCCACGGUUCAAUCAUUUUUCAGCUGGUGCCACGAACAUUCCACCAGAAAACACAGACAGACCAGAAUGGAAACUACAUUUGGGCCAGCAUUCACAGCAGUGACAACAAUUACAAAAGCUGAAAGUGCGAGUACGUUUAAACAGCAUCGCAGAACGCCAUCGACUUCCAGCACUUUAGCAUUUUCACCCAGGGAUGAAGAUGAUGUUAUGCCUCCGAUUAGCACCUCCCGGCGCUCAGAUUCAGCCAUAUCCGUGCGCUCGCUUCAUUCAGAGUCCAGCAUGCCAUUGCGCUCCAACUUUUCACUUCAUGAGGAAGAAGACGAGCCGGACCCGCUAGUCUUUGCAGAGCAGCCCUCCGUGAAGCUGUGCUGUCAGCUGUGCUGUAGUGUCUUCAAAGAUCCCGUCAUUACCACCUGUGGGCACACGUUUUGCAGGAGAUGUGCCCUGACCUCCGAAAAGUGUCCAGUUGAUAAUGCCAAAUUGACAGUGGUGGUGAAUAACAUUGCUGUUGCUGAACAAAUAGGAGAACUUUUUAUUCACUGUAAAUACGGCUGCCGCCCUUGCGCCAAUGGGAAGCCUACAACAUAUGAGGUGGACCCCCAUGGCUGCCCCUUUACUACCAAACUAAGUGCCAGAAAGGACCAUGAAGGCAGCUGUGACUAUCGGCCGGUGCGGUGUCCUAAUAACCCUAACUGCCCUCCGCUGCUAAAGAUGAACCUGGAGGCCCAUCUAAAAGAGUGCGAACACAUAAAGUGCCCACAUUCAAAGUAUGGGUGCACGUUUAUUGGGAACCAGGACACGUAUGAGACGCACCUAGAGACGUGCAAGUUUGAGGGUCUGAAAGAGUUUCUGCAGCAGACAGAUGAUCGCUUCCAUGAGAUGCAGGUGGCUAUGACCCAGAAAGACCAGGAGAUUGCCUUUCUGCGCUCCAUGUUGGGGAAACUUUCAGAGAAGAUUGACCAGCUGGAGAAAAAUCUGGAGCUGAAGUUUGACGUCUUGGAUGAAAACCAAAGCAAGCUGAGCGAAGACUUGAUGGAGUUCCGCAGGGAUGCAUCAAUGCUGAAUGAUGAACUCUCACACAUCAAUGCUCGACUAAACAUGGGAAUACUGGGCUCCUAUGACCCUCAGCAGAUAUUCAAAUGUAAGGGAACCUUUGUGGGACAUCAAGGCCCCGUGUGGUGUUUGUGUGUCUAUUCCAUAGGAGAUCUGCUGUUUAGCGGCUCUUCUGACAAAACCAUAAAGGUGUGGGACACCUGUACAACUUACAAGUGCCAAAAGACAUUGGAAGGACAUGAUGGCAUUGUGCUGGCUCUGUGUAUUCAAGGAAGUAAGCUUUACAGUGGCUCAGCUGACUGCACUAUAAUUGUGUGGGACAUUCAGGCUCUCCUCAAGGUGAACACUAUUCGAGCACACGACAACCCCGUCUGCACUUUAGUAUCUUCUCAUAACAUGCUCUUUAGCGGCUCCUUGAAAGCCAUCAAGGUUUGGGACAUUGUGGGUACGGAUCUAAAGCUGAAGAAAGAGCUGACAGGCCUGAACCAUUGGGUGCGAGCACUAGUGGCCUCUCAGAACUACUUGUACAGUGGCUCCUACCAGACCAUCAAGAUAUGGGACAUUAGAACCUUAGAGUGUGUCCAUGUCCUGCAGACUUCAGGAGGAAGUGUGUACUCCAUAGCUGUCACAAACCAUCACAUAGUGUGUGGAACCUAUGAGAACCUCAUCCACGUUUGGGACAUCGAAUCUAAAGAACAGGUCCGCACAUUAACUGGACAUGUGGGCACAGUAUACGCUUUGGCUGUCAUUUCCACACCAGAUCAAACCAAGGUUUUCAGUGCCUCAUAUGACCGGUCCUUACGGGUCUGGAGUAUGGAUAACAUGAUUUGCACUCAGACGUUGCUGAGACAUCAGGGCAGUGUGACCGCUCUUGCCGUGUCCAGGGGGCGGCUCUUUUCCGGCGCAGUGGACAGUACUGUAAAGGUCUGGACCUGCUAAGUAAAACCAAACACUGCCAGAAUCAGCCUCGACUUCCGCCACCUCCUCUGUGCCCGGCCCUCCAUUCCUGCUCAUGUCACAGAACAGACACCGGAGGAGCCAAGUGUACUGCAGACUGCUGGACCUUCCACUCUGCCUGUUCACUCCAAGCCUAUACUGGAACUAGGACCUUCUGUUCACAGACUACGUGCGGCCUGUCCAGUGUGAAUGGCGUGUCUACACCGGCACUGAUAUUUUCAUAUGAGGAGAAGCCUGGCUGCUGCUACUUUCAUCAUCCCCCCAACCCCCAGCUCCCCUCCCUCUAGCUGCACACAUCUGCCUCAUCCCACGGCCUAUGUGACAGUAUAAUGUGACACGGCAUAGCACUCUGCAGCAUGCGCAACCACUAGGAGCACGUUAGAAAAACAUUAGCCUUUUUAUAA